AUGUCUUUACCUUCAACAUCGACGGUCAAUGUUGGAAGGCCAACUAAACCAUUUAUUCAAAGUUCCGAUAAGACUAAAAGACGAAAAAUAAAAUCAAUUUUAAAUGAAAACUCGAAAGAUAAAAUUAUUUUUGCAACCAAAACAAUUUUAUAUUCUGAUGGAAAUCGCGCAGCAGCUGAUCUGCUUAAACAAAGUACAGAAUAUUCUCCACAACGUGCCUUAAAAAUCAAACACACUUAUAAUAAUAGAUUAUCUGUAGUUAAACCUUAUACAGCAGAUGAAGCGUUGGCUUUGAUAAUUGACGCUAAAUUAACAAAGUUUAGCUACUCAAUGUUAAGAAAAGGGUCAAAGCAACGUAAGGCUGACAUAUAUCCUUCUUAUAAUAAAAUUAAAGAAUCUAAAAUUAAAUGUUAUCCCGAUAACUCUAAGGUAAAUGAAUAUGGGGCCAGUAUACCUUUACAAAAUUUAGUUAACCACACGGCCAAAAGAUUAUUAGAAUCUCUUAAUAUAAGUGAUCAAAAUUUAAAUGAAUCAAAAAAUUUACAUUUACAUUUUAAGUGGGGAUGUGACGGCAGCUCGGGCCAUUCUGAAUAUCACCAAAAGUUUAUAGAAACCGAGGUUGAAAGUGGAAUAGUUAGUAUGAAUGAAAAAUGUGAUGGCAAUUUAUUUUUAUUUUCUUUAGUUCCUUUACAGCUUGAAGGAUCUAAAAAUAAUAGUGAUUUUAUAAGCGUUUUAUGGAAAAAUCAAAAAUCGUCAUCUACCCGAUACUGUCGGCCAAUUAAGUUUUUAUUUGAAAAAGAAACCGCUUUUAAUACCAAAAGCGAAGUUAGCAAAAUAAAAAAAGAAAUAAAUGAAUUAAAACCUUUUGAAGGACCAAAUUCCGUUAAAAUACAUUUUUUUUUCUAUCUUACUAUGGUUGAUGGUAAAAUAAUUAACACUUUAUGUAAUUCAUCAAGUCAAACCUGCAAUAUUUGUAAAUGUUUUCCUAAAGACAUGAACAACUUAGAGAUAAUAUAUAGCUUGAAAUUCAAUGGUGAUAAUUUACAAUAUGGACUAUCCCCAUUACAUGCAUGGAUAAAAUGUUUAGAAUGCAUGCUACACAUAGCAUAUAAGAAAGGUAUAUUAGAGUCAAACAAAAGGGCAAGUGUCGAACAAAAAAAUGAAAUGGCUAUUCAAAAAAAGAAAAUACAAAAUGGUCUAUAG